UCUUAUUAGACUUCGGACUUGCGAGCCUCGCCGCAUCAUCGCCAAUCCCUCAACCCCCCUCCUCCCUCCUUCUCCUUUCACUAUCCUCCCCCUUGCGGUACAAUUAUCAUCAAAGCCACUUCCCGACGCCUUCGACUCUUCUUCCUUCGACAGCAAUCGAAAAGAGGCUCUGUGUCGCCUUCGUAUCGCAUCACCGCUUCCCCCCCCCCUGUCUCGACCUGAUCGACGUGCGGAUCCGCGACCACGCAGCUCUCCUCGACAGAGAGACCCCGACAAUCAACAAUCCCAUCGCGGCCCGACGUCGUUCUUUGGGGUUCUCUUUGCGCGCAGGACGACCACCUGACCGAAGCGACACUGCAUGAUUCACUCUUGAUCGCACCCGCUCCGAGACGCCUUCGAUCCUCCUCUUCCAGCCUCAUACAUCAUCCCGUCGCAUUCACCGCCCAUCCUUCAAAGAGAACCAGUUUCGACGCUCUUGACAUUUAUCCGGCGCACAUCAUCUCUCGAUACCAUCUCUUUCCCCGUCAUCUAUUAACUAUUAAUGCAAAGAAUCACAGCCGCAUCUGUCAGCCAACAUGAAGUACCUCCCAGUCCAAGAGUUUGAGGCCGUAACCGGCGCUCUCAACUUCAACACUCCCGACUGCAACGUUACGGGCGGAUGCGAUCUGUACACGACCAAGUCCACCGGCUCCGACAAGAAGCUCUACAAGAACAUCGACAAGGACCUCAGCUCCCAGCAUGCCGCGCUGCUCAAGCUGGGCGCCAGCCUGUCACCCCCCGACCGCGAGCACAUGCUCGCAACGUCGCGCAGCAUGCAGCUCUUCUCGCACUCGAGCGCAUUCGGCCCGCUGUCCGAGCUCUCCAGCCGGCGGACGUUUGCUUACCUGAUUGCCACGCUCAACGCCAGCCACCCUCACUACGACUUCUCCCACGUCCUGCGGCCGGGCGACUUCAAGCGGGAGCGCAAUCUGAAGCGUGUCAUGGCGAACCUGGACUCGAUCCUGCAAAACACACGGCCUGGAGUCGAGGUUGGCACCUCGUAUGAUUCCUCAGCGGGCAGUGACGUGAACGCCCAGUGGGGUCCCCAUUGCUGGUCUCUGAUCGACAAGGAGAUGCGCCUCAACGAGUGCACCAUCUUCAGCUACCACCCGGAAGUCGACCCUUUUGAGGAAGACGAAAGCGCCAUCUGGGCGGUGCACUACUUCUUCUUCAACAGGGCGCUCAAGCGAGUCGCCUACCUCUACGUCCGCGUCGUUCCCGUCAUCUCCUCACAGAGCCCGAACCUGCGGCCCGUCAAGGGUGGCCUCCACAAGCGACACACGGCGCUCGAGUCGGACGGCGCAAAGAAGCGCGCCAAGUACUGGCUGGGCGAUCAAGACGCUGAGCUGAUUCCGCCGUACGAGGACGACGAGGAGCAAUUGGAUGACGGCCUCUACUGGAACCGUGGCGAGGACGGUGACAUUGUCCAAUUCUCCGACGACGACAUGGCUGAGGAUGAGCCCAUUGAUGAGGAGGACGAGGAAGACGAAGACGACGACGAUGACUUUGACAUGAUAAGUCCAAGGCGAGAGAGGCUUAUGAGUGAGGACAUUGCAGGACGGAUGGAGAUUUAA